AUGGAAGAGAAGAAAAUACGAGUAGUGUUGGAUACUUGCGUUAAGGAGUUUGUUAUUUCGGAGUGCAGCACGCUUGAGCAGGCAAAAGCUCAAAUCAUGAGAGCUUAUAAUGUGGAAGAUAUUCAGUUGUUUCACGAUGAAACCCUUCUUGCUGACUCUUCUAUGUACAGCAAGAUAUUAGCAGAGCUGGAAACUGUUAAUAUAAAGGCAAUUGUUGGCAUUGCAGAAAAACAGACAAACCAGCCGGAGGCAGAGCCCGAGCAAAACACGGGGGCAAGCGACACAGACGCCCAUGCAGAGUUUCGGACACUGCCCUGCAAGGAAGAAACCGCCAAAAGUGGCCCUGUUGAGGAGGCGCAUAGUUUGAAAGCAGACGCAGACGCCUCUUCUGUGGAGCUUCAGGCGUGCUUGGACGAAAAUAUUCUAAGCGCGACAAAAGAAGAGCCGAGCGCGCCAACCACAGGUCUGGAAGAUGAAACCCAAAAAACGCCUUCUGAUGGGCCAAUUGUAAGCAUCAUUGAAGAGCUUGUUGGGGAAUUUAAGGCACCAGAGCAGAGCUCCCUAGCAGAACAAGAGUCUCUCAAAGAAAAAAGUCCAGACAUGUUAGAGAAAGAGAACGAUAGAAGUACGCUGAAGUUAGGCAAGACUGAAAGUGUUGGAGAAGAAAAGGAAAUAUUAGAGGAAAGGUCAAAGUUUGCGCCCGCCCAGAAGCUUGAGGAAAACUUGGAACCCCCGCAGAAAGCUGCUGCAGAGAACAUACUUGGUGCAAAUGCGCAAGAAGAGCUUGCUCAGGAGCGCCUGUCUGAGAAGAUCGUUGCAAAUGAAGCCGAUGCCGAGAAAAAACCAGACGAUUCAGAUCCAGAAGAAAGCGGCCGCGUGCGCGUGAAGAUUCUGUCCACAAACCAAAUAUGUUCUGUAAGUAAAAAGAACCUGUUAAAGCUGAACGGAAAAACAUACUAUAUACGGAAAAAAAAGCCAUCCGCCAUAAGCAGGAUUUUAAAGGCGGCACUCUCCAGGGUUUCCUCGAUUUUUGCCUAUGCGAUUGUCUACAUAUUCUUUUCGGUGUACAUGAGUCGGAUAUUUAUGGCAUUUCUUGUCUGCGUUGCAGUUUUGUAUGCUGUGGAGAAAAUAAACCUGCACGUGAGGUUCCGGAAAAACCAGAGGAUAAAGAACGCGCUAAAGCAAAUAGCCUGCUUUGUUUGCUCGCUCUGGCUGAACCCUGGAUAUAAUAUGCGAAUGCAUGAAAUAGAAUGA